UACCAAAUCUUUUUUAAAGUGCGUGGGUCCAAAGAAUGUUAUGACUCAAUUAAAAUAAAAAGCCCUGAGCACAGAGUACGUACUGACUCCUGACGCCCUCCUGCUACUAUAAAAUAACGGAAUUACUUAUUUUCCGGAAAAACCUGCCACAUUUUCUCAUCCCUCUUAACGCUCCUUAUUUUUCCUUAAUUCUAGGGUUUGUUUAAUUGUUUUUCUACAUUUCCUUCAAAAAAAAAAAUUCAGAUAAUCUCCAAUCCAAUCGUUCUUCUCCAAUUCUACGGUUAGCAAAUUCUUACAAUUCCUUUGAAUUUUGAUCGUGAUAUGGUGAUUUUAGGUUUGGUAUGACUGAGUUACGAAUUACACCAUUAAUGGAGAUCCGAGCUUUGAAAUUACGAAUCGAUUCUUCGAAUAUGGAUUUACUUGCUUGUCGACUCGGCUUCAAAUCGUCGUUUGACUCGUAUUUGAUCGCUUGCGAAGCGUUUUCUGAACCUGCUACAUUGCUUUCGAUUCCAGUUGAAGAAGUUAUUUGAUCGUUUGUGUUUUUCUGCUUUCUCUCCUCUCAAUUUUCUUCUUCUCCUCUUUCUGUAAUGGAAUCACUUAAAAUUCCUUUGACAUCGUCAAUGGCGAAGUCAAUUUCUGAUGAAAUUGACGACAUUGUUGAGAGGGACCCUUCCGGCCGAUACAUUAGGUCUUCUGAAAUCCUGGGGAGGGGAGCAUCCAAGACUGUUUACAAGGCAUUUGAUGAGGUCAAUGGAAUAGAGGUUGCUUGGAAUCAAGUGGACAUUGAUGAUUUGCUGCAGUUGGCGCAACACUUGGAGAGGUUGUAUUCAGAGGUUCAUCUGUUGAAGUCCUUGAAACAUGUAAAUAUCAUAAGGUUCUACCAUUCUUGGAUUGAUGAUGGUAGUAAGACUAUCAACAUAAUUACUGAGCUAUUCACCUCCGGAAACCUUAGACAGUAUCGUAAGAAACAUAAGUCUGUUGAUCUGAAAGCUAUCAAAAACUGGGCAAGGCAGAUCCUCCGGGGUUUACAGUAUCUUCACAGUCAGAGUCCUUGCAUCAUACACAGAGAUUUGAAAUGUGACAAUAUCUUUGUCAAUGGGAACACUGGGGAAGUUAAGAUUGGCGAUCUGGGUUUGGCAACUGUUAUGCAGCAACCUACUGCUCGAAGUUGUAUAGGUACACCUGAAUUUAUGGCCCCUGAGUUAUAUGAAGAGGAAUACAAUGAACUUGUCGACAUAUAUUCUUUUGGUUUGUGUAUGCUGGAAAUGGUGACUUGUGAAUACCCUUAUUCUGAAUGCAAAAAUACAGCUCAAAUCUUCAAGAAGGUUAUCUCGGGUGUCAAGCCAGCAAGCCUUAGCAGAGUAACUAAUCCGGAGAUUAAGCAGUUCAUUGAGAAAUGUCUGGUUCCAGCUUCCAUGAGACCAUCAGCCGAGGAUUUGUUGAAGGACACAUUUCUUGUAUCCAAAACUCCUGAAGGGCCAGGUCCUCAUUCUGUGAUGAUGAACAUGGUUGAACCGGCUUGUUUGUCCAGACCUCAAACAGCUCAUUCUAUGGAUAUAGACGGUGAUGGCAAGAAGAGUGAUUUUAGCUGGGAAGCUCCUCCCCGUUUGACUUUAAUUUUAAAUUUCAAUGACGUGAAAAACUUCAAGUUAAUAGGAGAGGUGGUGGAUAACAAUUCAAUCUCAAUGACCCUCGUGUUUACUGGUACAAAUGGUCGUUUGAAGAAUGUUCAUUUUAUAUUCAAUCUUCAAAAAGAUACCAUCAUCUCCAUUGCGCAUGAGAUGGUUGAAGAGAUUGAAGACUUAUCUGAGGAAGAUUUGGUUCCAGUUGUGCAAUUGAUGGAGCAGCUGAUUGCAGAACUGGUGCCUCACUUUAGGCCGCCUUCUAGUUCUAAUUUCUCACGUACUGAUCUCACCAAUUCGCUAGAGGAAUUAUCUGGCUCAAGCAGUGCCCUGGACGCACUCAAGUAUCUAUCAAAAUCUGGAAUACUCAAGGUCCCCACAGAGGUGACUGGUAAUAGAGAAGACCGUGGUGCUGGAGAAUCUCUUGUUUCAGGGAUAUCGGUUGAUGAACAAUAUUCCAUGAUAUGCUCUCAUGAUCCUGGUUUAAAUGCUUGUGAUUGCUGUAAACGCUCGAACAGUAUUGCUUUUACUGGUUUGAGCCUAUCAAGCACGGCUUCUUUAACACCGCUAGAGAAAGAGCUUUGCAACGAGGAACUGAAGCAGGAGCUUGAUGCGAUUGAAUCCCAAUACAAUGAAUGCAUACGUGACCUCUCGAGGAAAAGGGAGGAGGCAAUAGAAUAUGCCAAGAGGAGGUGGGCUUCUAGGAAGGAUGUAGUUGUUUGACCGAAAUUCUAGUUUAGGGUUCCUCCGUUUCCAUCUAUUGAUAGAAAGAAAGAUCUUUGUCAAAUACCACAAGCACUCUGCCCCCCAUACUACUAGUUGGGGGUUGUUUAAGAGAGUGCAUAUAUAUAAUUUUAUUUAUUUAUUUUUUUUUAAUUUCAUUCUAGUGUCUUGGAAGUUUUGAUUGUAGACUUUAUUUUUUAUUUUUUCAAUAUAUGUCCAUUUAAAAAUUCCGCCAAGCAGUGAUUACUUAAAUUCAUUUAA